AUGCAGCGUCUGCAUCUGCGGGUUCCCAACCGCUUUCAACGUCUGCCACCCACGACCUUGCGCACAUGCUCGCCACGGCAGCGACUACAGCGAACACGCCAAGGAACGCGACCGCAAACCCAGCGUCGGAUCCUCUCUACCUUGGUAUCGCACUCGUCAAGCCACUUCGAUCCUGGUACGAGCACACCGGGAGACGGCCUCGGGAGAGCGAGCAUCCGCCAGAGCCGAGAGGAUCUCCAAGGCGGUCCAGAUGCAUCGAAAACACUGUCCGGCCCUCGAGGCCGACUUCUUAACCUGAUCCAAGAAAAGAGACCUCAAGGGCUCGCUCCGCUGACCGGCGUCUUUCGCACCGAGUACAGGACCCUCCCCAGGUUUCUACCCGGCGACGAAUCCCUGAAAGGUGUCACCCCGCGGGCCGAGGAUAAAAAUGACGUUCACAAAGAGUGCUACAAUUCACUCGCCACGCUCGAGAACACCAAGCAGCUCGCGCGCGCUAGCGCGUUGAAGGGUGUACCUACCCUGACGAACCUUCCCCGUGCGUGACAGGGCAUCGCCAGCUCUGGAACUCAACUGCGUCCACCGGAACGUUUCGUAUGGCAUCGUAAUGGGCAACCGACACGUCGAGGGGAUCUUGAUCGACUACUAUCUGGCGGUGAAGAAGGCUCGAGUGGGUGAAGAGGAGUGUCGCUGCGGCCGUUUGGUGCUUUGGUGCAUUCCAGCGUCCGCUGUAGCUGAGCAUGUUGUUGGGCUAACCUGA